GGCUUGAUCUUGGUAUCCCCCAGAGAUAUGGAUGCUCAGGACGGCUUCGGUGCGCCCAGCCGCUCCGGCGCCGAGACCAUGGAGAUCGACCGACUCCUUGAGCGAGCUGCACAUAUCGUCGGUCCCUCGGACGAAAAGGGGGAGACUCUUGGUGCCCAGCUCCGAAAAAAGCUCCUCAAAGCCAAUCCAGAACUCAAUAUUGGUGCUGCAUCCGACGACUCGGCUAUGGUGCUGUUUCUGCUGGCGGAAUGCACUCGAUGCCUCGACGAAAUGAAUAGCCUCGUUAUCAAUCCUGACGCCAAGGUGCGAGAUCUUGGAGCCAAGGAUCUCAAGCUAGUCAACACCCUGAUAGAGAUCAUUAUCUUCUGGGGGCUUGCGCCAUUCCUUGAGCCAAAUGUGGGCCUGCCCCUCUCGAAUCGGAUCAAGUAUACAGUCUCGUUCUCAUCAGAUCAAGUGGGUCACGGCAAAUGCGGCUCGCCCCAGCCUCAGUUGCUCCAACAGUCUUGCUUGUUUCUGGCUGGCAUCAUGAAGCACCAGAAGCAGUCCGUUUUGGCUCGGUGGAUGGUAUCCCGCUAUGUACCCGAUGUCUUUGCCGGUCUUUUACAACUCGGAUACUCCAGCAUCUCGCCGUCCUCGAGCCCCACCAGUUUUGAUGACCAGGAGCAAUGCCGGAUUGCUUUCGAAGAGCUCUUCACGACGCUCGAUGUACGCAUCGUCUUCGAGUCGCUCAUGAUCUUGCAGGGCACAGGACGUCGCCCACCUCCGCCCUGGCUCAAGAAAAUCGCUGGCCGCUAUCUGUCCCAGCUGCUGAUGAGGCCGCGCGGGCUUAGUACCGUCCUGCAGGGCACACUUCCCUCCGACAUUGACAAUGAGCUUAUCGAUGUUAUGCAACUCGAGAAGAUAUCGAACCUCAUACUGCGGACCCCGUGGCAGGUCAGCUCGGUCCAGGAGUAUUAUCGAAUUCUUGGGCCUCAGGUUUUGGAGCUCAUGGGCAACCGGGAUGCACAUCGGGUGCUGUCAAAGGCCGCCGCGUUUAUCGCCGUUCGAAUGAUCAACAAGCAUCCAGAGUUGAGCAGAAGCAUUGUCGUGGAUCCUGCCACGGAGCCUUGGAUGUUAUACUAUCGCGACAGUCUGGGGACUCUCCACCCAAAAGGGUUUGACCUCAAUGGAGACAUUAUCCUGUCGACAGAGGCAGAUAUUAAUUCCAGCUUGUGUCUGACGGAGCAGCUGCUGGCCGGGAACGAGCCUUGUCCAUAUCUCCUGCAGUUUUUGGCUUCAGCGACAGUGCCUAUGUACGCAGCAUAUGCUCAUUGCCGAUCGAGCAAAUCAAGCACCAAGAUCAUCCUGGAGUCGGUCCUGCGCUCGGUGCUGAAUCUAGUCGAACCGUCUGUGUCGGUUGACGUUCUUCGCUCGAUCAUCCUGGACCCCAGUCUUACUAAAGCGCGGGUGGCUCCAGGUCCCGCAGGUGGGAUCCAAAUCGUCAUGAAUCCCACUUGCGUUGGAGAACGGCCCCUAUUUGACCUCGACGAAUUCCUUGAGUUUCUACAACUCUUGGACAACGAACGCGUACUUGGAGAUUUUUUCAUAUAUCUUAUCGAAAAACAGUCGCAAGUUGGUGAUGCGCUCGAAGAAGACGGCCUGGACCCAAUCGAGUCCGUACGAAUAACAGACUUGGUGAUGAAGAUGAUGCAAAAGUUUGGCGAGUCGAUUGUCAAAAAGCCCGACCACAUUAUCAUGUUUUCCAAGAAUAUGAUCUUUGGGGCCGAUAUCGACGGAGUCAUUAUGGGACUUGGGCUCCUCUCCACCGUUUUGAACACAGAUAUCACAUUGGACCAUAAGCACCAAAAUGCUCUUCGUGACGUAUUGGUGGUCCUCCAGAUACACUCGGCCAGAGAAAAUGAGGAAUUGCGCGAGCUGGUGAAGGCUGUUCGUUUGAGCAUAGCCGCCAAGCUGGCUGCCUGUGAGAGCGCCUCAGCUACCGCGAGCGGCGAAUCGCAAAGGAUAUAUGGAGAAGCUCUCAAGGAAUUGCAGUCAGAUAUGGUCCCAAUCCAGGCCCGAGGGAUGGCUUUGCUCAUGAACCUGAUCCGCUCCAAAGAUGCCGUUGCCGAGACCCACCUUGACGAUAUUCUGGACAUUUUUCUUGACAAGAUCGAGGACCCUGAUAGCUUUGCGUAUCUCAAUUCCAUCAAGGGGCUGAGUUGCAUGACUGAUGUGUAUCCGCAGCAAUCCAUGGGUCGCAUCUUGUCGCGUUACUCUGACGCUGCCGGGUUUGGGAUGGACUACAGACUAAGGAUCGGCGAAGCUGUGCUCCAAACCAUCAAUCGGUCCGGAAAGGUUUUCUCAAAAUAUGCCUCUGAGAUUCUGGUGCCUGUGCUCUCGGUCCUUCAUGACGACAAGGUCGAAAUGCGCAUGAGCGCGCUCUCGCUCGUUGCCAAGAUUGCCGAAAUCUCGCCCUUUUCGGUCGUCCCGUACAUUUACCAAGUGUUGGACUAUAUUGUCAAUACGCUGAGGCUCGAGAAGCAGGUGGAAACCCGACGAGGCGCCAUAGUGGCCAUCCUGUCUAUCAUUCGCGGUAUAGGACCUGACGCCAUCCGCACAGUGUCGCCCAAGACCCUCAAGUCCAUCCAUAUCCAGCUGCAAUAUGUCGAGGCUACCGACUCUGACGAACUCACGCGCUUGCACAGUCGGGUAGCGCUCGCAGAGUUUGAUGCGAUGGUACAGGCGAUACUGUUCAAUUGAGCCAGCGCCGAGUCGAGCUAGUUCAUCCGAGACUGGACGAAUCAUGUCCGAUUCUCUCCCGAGAAAUUUCAAUACAGUGCUUCCUCGUCACCGUCGGUAACAGGCAUGGAUCUCCUUGCUGGGGGG